AGUCUCUGAAAAAUCAAACAGAAGUCAGCUUUGAGUACUGCGUGACUAACCAGGCAGCCAUCCCAGUGGCCAUAGCUGAAGACUGCCUCAGAGGGCUCAGCAGGGGUGAUUUGUUGGCUUGUUUGAGAGAAGAUCUCAUGUAGCCCAAGGGCUGAAAUUUUUUGUUGGAGAAAUGUCUUCCGAGUCAGAAAAAGAUAAAGAAAGACUGAUUCAAGCUGCCAAAGUAUUCUUCUUCCACAUACAAGAUCUGGUUUCCUUCAUAAACAGGUUCGUGGAGCUGUUCAACGUCACGAUGAAGACUCAGAUCCUCCCCAUGGCUGUGAAUGAAGAGAGCUGCAUUAAAGACUUCUUUGAACAAAUGAUCAAAAAUUUUAAAGAGAUGCAACUGAUGGUGGAUGGGAAGCACACACAAACGCAAAAGGAGCCUUUGUGUUCCAAGGUGCUGACUGCUGUGACCUCUGCCGCGGAGAAGUGUGCUAACAUCGCUCCACACCACACAGCAGAAGAAAUGCUCAAAAACAUCCAGACGUCAGGUGCUGCCUUGCUCCUGAAGAACAGUCACAUUCUUGCAAAUCUAGAAACUUCUCUCUCACUCUUGAUGCAGUUCCCCAUCAUGGGUCUCCGAUUAAGUGACCUCUAUAGAGAGGAGACCAAAGGGCGGACAGAUGUCCCCACAGAUGCCCCCACAGGUUCCCCCACAGAUGCCCCCACAGGUGCCCCCACAGAUGCCCCCACAGAUGCCCCCACAGGUGCCCCCACAGAUGCCCCCACAGGUGCCCCCACAGGUGCUCCCACAGGUGCCUCCACAUCUGAGAAAAGCACAAGUCCAGACCGUCCCACAGCCACCUCAGAGGAAACCUUGAAGAAGCUGCAGGGUGUGCUCACAACGGAGAAUGCCCACGCCCCGGUCGAAGCAGCCGCAGAUGAGCUGGAACAGUUUGUCAAGACUAUGCAGAUGACUUUACAGGCCCUCCAGAAAUCCAUAAAGACCAUGGAAGGGGAUAUCUCUGUACUUACACAGGCCCAGGGCAAGUAGAGGAAAAUGUGUUCCUUUCCAAAUGAAAAUCAACUUGAGUUCUCGAACUUUUUCAUGGUACUGUGUACAUGUCAUUGAUGCUAUGUAUUCCGUGUGUUAGAACCCAAGGGCGGAGUCAUCGCGUGGCAAACCACUUACCUGUAGUUCUGCUUUGUUAGAUGAAAAAGGAAUAACCAAGAAAGUCUGCUUAAAAUGGCAGUGACUGAAUAGAACGUCCUGCUGUAAGGAUCCAGGCAGAAUUACACUCGGGGAUAGUUCUAAGUUGUUGCACUUAAAGCAUAAUUAAAGCUACUGAUCUCUCCUGCUCACACGUCUUAUCUCCAAUGGCAACAGUGUGAUGUCCAGGUAAGUGUUGGCAUUACCAUAUGGCAAUCUAUUCACUUCCAUAUGGUAAUCUAUACCUAACGGUAAUCUAGAAGGCAUGACUCUUCAAGCUUAGGAAGUAGACAAACUGCGUCUGUCCUUCAUGCUGAUAUAGGCUGAUAGCAGAGUCUCAUGGUCACCUUGUUGUGAUUUCCAGGUCCCUGCAUCCUGGGACAAAAAACUGGACAGAGAAAUCUAUACUGUAGCAGAAGUCGAGUCUGUUAAAGAAGGAUGUGCUUUCAGAGAGGAAGUGGGCCAGAGCUGAGAGGGAGGUUUAGAUGCUCAGCGGGGUCAUUCUGGGAGGGUUGUGACCUUGAUGGACACUUGCAUAGUGCCAGCUUUCUCACGGUUUUUGUCAUGGGCCG